CUAGCUGCGUUCGCUAGUCCCAAAAAUGGCGAACGUGGUGCUGGAGUUCAAGGCGUGUGCCGGUGACUCCGACCCACAGACUCGCCCGAUUCUGAUUAUCGGACAGCAUGCUAACCUUCAGCAAGUUGACUGGGGGCAAAUAAAAGGCAAACUCCAGCCUGUUGUCAGCAAAGAGAUCUGGCAGGCUGCACUGAAUACUUUGAGCCCCAAGCCCACAGACAGCUGUCCUCUGUACCUUAACUAUGCAGCUGUGGCUGCCAUUCCUUCGCGGGUCAGCAGGCACAACAGCCCCUCUUCUGCCCACUUCAUCUCCCGUCUGGUCCGCUCCUGCCUGCCUGGAGGGAACAACCGCUGCAUCGUGAUGGUGUGUCAUCAUUCAGACGUGUUUGCGUCAUCCUGUGCAAUUUCCAGAGCGUUCCCCAUCUUCUCUCGUCGCUCCGCAUCCUCGCGCAGGGCCGAGAAGAAGCACGUCGCCGUGGAGUUUGUGAUUGUUGGCCAAGACUGCAACCAUCUGGAUGUAGCUGAGCUUGAGUGUCUCUCCAAUGCUGCAGACGGAGUGCGACUGGCAGCUCGCAUUGUGGACACGCCAUGUAACGAGAUGAACACAGACCACUUCUUGGAUGAAAUCAAAGCAGUGGGAAGUGAACUCGGAAUAACUCCUGUGAUCAUUCGUGGAGAGGAGCUCAAGGAAAAAGGCUUUGGAGGUAUUUAUGGUGUUGGCAAGGCAGCUGAGAAUCCCCCUGCAUUAGCAGUCUUGAGCCACACACCAGAUGGCGCCACUCAGACCAUUGCCUGGGUGGGAAAAGGCAUCGUGUAUGACACCGGAGGACUCAGUAUCAAGGGAAAGACCACAAUGCCAGGCAUGAAGAGAGACUGUGGUGGAGCUGCCGCCAUCUUGGGAGCGUUUCAAGCUACUGUCAAACAGGGCUUCAAGGAUAACCUCCACGCUGUGUUUUGCCUGGCAGAGAACGCCGUGGGACCCACUGCCACACGGCCUGAUGAUAUCCACACACUCUACUCUGGAAAAACUGUGGAGAUCAACAAUACUGAUGCAGAGGGAAGGUUGGUACUGGCCGAUGGAGUUGUGUACGCCAGCAAAGACCUGUCCGCUGAUAUUAUUCUGGAUAUGGCCACACUGACUGGUGCACAGGGGAUUUCCACUGGGAAGCACCACGCAGCUGUGAUGACCAACAGCGAGCAGUGGGAGACGGCGUGCGUGCGUGCUGGGCGCAGCAGUGGCGACCUUGCCCACCCUCUGGUUUACUGCCCGGAGCUGCACUUCACUGAAUUCGCUUCUGCUCUGGCGGACAUGAAGAAUUCAGUGGCUGACCGAGAGAACGCACAGAGCUCGUGCGCUGGCCUCUUCAUCGUCUCGCACUUAGGCUUUGAUUGGCCCGGUGUGUGGGUUCAUGUUGACAUUGCCUUUCCUGUUCACGCUGGGGAGCGAGCCACAGGAUUCGGCGUCGCUUUCCUGAUGGCCCUGUUCGGUCAGGCUUCUGAUGACUCCAUGCUGAACCUCGUGUCACCUCUGGGUGCUGCUUCCAACAUGUUAGAAGAGCAGAUGGAGCAGGACUGCAAAAGGAGAAGACUGGUGUAGGGCACGGUUGUGCUCUCACAAGUUCUGGACCACUCUGCCGACACGAUCACACACCUAAAACUGUCGAAGCAAGUGCUCAUUUCACUUUGGGUUAAUUCGUUUUAAUCUGUAACUCUGCCCUUUGUUUGAUUACGUUUGACAACACAGAAUAAAAUUAAUAAAAUGCG